AUGGCAUUCACUCUCCUUAAGAAUGUGAACAUGGACAAGACUGAAUGGAACAUCAAGGUUCGUGUUGUAAGAUGCUACGAGCGUACAACAUUUGGGGAUCGCUCUACAGUUUUGGGUCUUGAAGUAAUACUUCAUGAUUCUGAGGGGUACCGUAUUCAUGCUUCUGUCAAGAAGUUUCAUAUAGAUCUUUUUAGGCGCCAUCUGAAGGAACGAAUCGUUCUUGCUAUCAGGGACUUCAUUGUAACUCCAAACGGUGGUAGGUAUAAGACAACAAUAGGAAGGUUCAAAAUUGCUUUUCAUGGCCGCACUCGGGUGGUGAGAGUCUCCGAAAACAGGUUUCCAAAAUUCCUCUACAAUUUCACGAACUUUUCUGAGUUGGCUAAAGGAACCUUUUUCGACCCUAUGCUCAUUGGUACCUGUCUUCGGAGACUCACCAAUGAGCAUAGGGUCGAAAAAGGUUCCUUUAGCCAACUCAGAAAAGUUCGUGAAAUUGUAGAGGAAUUUUGUAAACCUGUCUUCGGAGACUCUCACCACCCGAGUGCGGCCAUGAAAAGCAAUUUUGAACCUUCCUAUUGUUGUCUUAUACCUACCACCGUUUGGAGCUACAAUGAAGUCCCUGAUAGCAAGAACGCUUCCUUCCUUCAGAUGGCGCCUAAAAAGUUCCAUAUGAAACUUCUUGACAGAAGCAUGAAUACGAAUCAUGAAGUAUUACUUCAAGACCCAAAACUGUAG